CGCAGCUUCUCAGACCGAACUGUACAACAACAAUCCGAAGCAUGGUUGCACUGCAUGGGGAUUAUUCACAACACUGCACUGAAACUGCUUGCUCUGAAUCCUGCAUCGCGUUUCCACCAGAGACCAUACAUUGCUCUAGAGUAGUAUUACUCCGAGGCACACCAUAACACAGUAGAAUAUUAUUGGGGGGGGAAAAAAGGAGAAUGGAGACUCAGGGUCUCCACACUAAGAAGGCGCAGAAGAACUUACUGGCGUGGCAGAAGAGGGUCAAGUCGGAGUACAUGCGUCUGCGACAGCUCAGACGCUUUAGGAAGGCAGAAAAAGUCAAAUCACAGUUCCUGGCGAAUCGCAACAAGAUCCAGGAGAAGACGGCAAUGUUGAAUGAAGAGUGGAAGAAACUGAGGGUUCAGCCCAUCCCUGCCACCCCCUUCAUAGGCCAGCUCGGCACCAAAAAGUGUGUAGUGGAAUACGGCUUUCCUGAGUUCAAGAGUCAGACCAUUGUGAUGAGGACCUUAAACACAGUGGCAGGGGUGCCCUUUAUGCACGCCUGGGCUCCCCUUCAACAGAACUUCAUGGUGGAAGAUGAAACUUUCCUGCACAACAUUCCGUACAUGGGUGAUGAGGUGUUUGAACAAGAUGAGGCCUUCCUUGAAGAGCUUAUUGAUAACUAUGACGGUGUGCAUGGGGACCGAGAGGGCAAGUUCAUUGACGAUGAGAUCUUCGUGGAGCUGGUGGACGUUUUGAGCAAGUAUGUGGACGAGGAAGGGGACGAGAAGGAAGACGGAGAAGAGGGGGCUGCUGAGGAGGAGGAGGAGGACGAAAAGGAGGCAGAGACUGUGAAGGAGGAGCCUGAGUCUGAGGAGAAGCCCAUCAUCGGAGGGAAGAGGAAGACUGUCACAAAGAGAAGUGAACAACCACCACCCAGCAGGGUCCCACAUGGCAAGAUCUUCAAAGCCAUCGCCUCGAUGUUUCCAGACAAGGGGACGCAUGAAGAACUAAAGGAAAAGUACAAGGAGCUGACGGAGUCCCCCAGUUCUGUCAAGCUGCCGCCCCAGUGCACCCCCAGCAUGGACGGGCCAGGAGCCGAGUCAGUGCAGAGGGAACAGUCCCUGCACUCCUUCCACACCCUCUUCUGCAGACGAUGCUUCAAAUAUGAUUGCUUCCUCCACCGUAAGAGCCGUGAGCCAGGCCGCUCUUGCAGGAGUCGACUGUGUAGCCCUUUGCUGUCAUUCCACGCCACUCCGAAUGUCUACAAAAGGAAAAUCAAAGAGAUUCGUAUUGAGACAGAGCCAUGUGGGCUGGACUGCUUCAUGCUGCUAAAAGGAGCCAAGGAGUUUGCGGAUCAGAACAUGGUGAAAUCUCAGCGGCCUCGGCGACGCCAGAGACGGCAGAAGCAGCCGAGCUCAUCCGCUUCCACCUCCGGGGACGGAAAAGAAGGAGACAGCGACCGCGAGACCACCAGCUCGUCUGAGGGGAACUCUCGCUGCCAGACUCCGAUCAAGCUGAAACAGACUUCUGAGCAGCCGGUCAGCGUUGAGGCAGCCCAGUGGAACGGAGCUGAGGAGUCCCUCUUCAGGGUGCUGCACGGCACUUACUACAACAACUUCUGUUCCAUAGCCAGGCUCAUCAGCACCAAGACCUGCAGACAGGUGUAUGAUUUUGCUGUGAAAGAAGCUCUUAUACUUCGGGUUCCAGUGGAAGAUGGAGGGAUAUCACCACAGAAGAAGAAGAGAAAACACAGGUUGUGGGCGGCACACUGCAGAAAGAUUCAGCUCAAGAAAGAUAAUUCAUCCAAUCAGGUGUACAACUACCAACCAUGUGAUCACCCAGAGCACCCUUGUGACAGCUCCUGUCCCUGUGUGAUGACACAGAACUUCUGUGAAAAGUUUUGCCAGUGUAACCCUGAAUGUCAGAACCGCUUCCCUGGCUGUCGCUGUAAGACCCAGUGUAACACCAAGCAGUGCCCGUGCUACCUGGCAGUGCGAGAGUGUGACCCGGACCUAUGCCAGACCUGUGGGGCAGCUGACCACUGGGACAGCAAGAACGUGUCCUGCAAGAACUGCAGCAUCCAGCGCGGCCUCAAGAAGCACCUGUUGCUAGCGCCUUCCGACGUCGCUGGAUGGGGCACCUUCAUCAAAGACCCGGUCCAAAAGAACGAGUUCAUCUCGGAGUACUGUGGAGAGGUGAUCUCCCAGGAUGAGGCUGAUCGGCGCGGGAGGAUCUAUGAUAAAUACCUGUCCAGCUUCCUGUUCAAUCUCAAUAACGACUUUGUUGUGGACGCAACUCGCAAAGGAAACAAAAUCCGUUUCGCGAAUCACUCUGUCAACCCGAACUGCUACGCUAAAGUGGUGAUGGUGAAUGGAGACCAUCGAAUAGGGAUCUUUGCCAAAAGAGCCAUUGAGAAGGGAGAGGAGCUAUUCUUUGACUACAGGCAGAAAAAUGGAGGUAUCUCCAACUCAGGCUUUGUUUAAAAGAAGCACUGGGGAAAGAAAUGCGCCCGCCUGGGAGACCCUCUCUAUACAGUCAGGCAGACGCCCUUAAGUACGUUGGCAUCGAGCGGGAGAUUGAACUCAUGUGAUUGGAAGUACAAUAUAAUGCUUUCCCUGCACUUUGCUCUUGAAGUUUGUAAACGAUGCUGUGUCCAGCAUUAGUAGGCAAGCUGGUGAUGUUUGGGUUCAGCUGGAGUGAUGGAUUCGGUGGGGUUAUCCCAUUGGAACUGGGCGGCAAUCUCCAAUUUCCAAUGCAACUGACUGCUAUCUAAAUGUUAAGAACCCCUUUUGGUUUAUCAAGGCACAAAAUUCAAUUUUAUGAUUUUUUAAAAUGUUUUAUUUUUAAUGAAAUAUCCAUAACUGUUAGAUAGUCGACAUUCAUUUUUUUGAUUUUCACCACAGAUUUACAGCAUUGGCCAAAAGUUUUGCAUCACCUAGAA